AAUAAUGGGCAACAACCCCAGUAAUUUCAGUAGCAGUGGGAGUGGAGGACCUGUUAUACCAACUCCAGAUGAUUAUGAUAAGAGAAGACUUACCAAUUUGUACAAUACUCCUGUGGAGAGCGCACAAUAUCUAAUUCAUAGCACUGAUGCAAGCGGAGCUCAGGUCAUUACUGAGGCAAGACACAUGUCUAAUAACUGGGAGACUGUUGGGGAAGUUCUUGUCCCAAGAGGCAAUCAAACUGUUGGUGACCUCAUGAAAACUGCUAGACAAGAUGGCUCGUCCUUAUUGGUGUUGAAUAAGACAGAGGACAUUCCAAGUGCGUUUAGGGACGCGUUUGAAAGCAGGAACAUUUGCCCGCCCCGAUACUCGCACCAUGAUUUAUUAUUAAUAAGAAAGAUUGUUAACGUCAUGUGA